AGCCUCACAGUAACCAUUAUGAACUGACAAGAUAAGAGUUUGGAUUCACACUAAUUUACUAUGCCUGGAAGAGAGAUCAGUACCUUUAUAGCAGCUGGAAGGUUCAGCUUGGUCAAGAAAAUUGGAAGUGGCUCAUUUGGAGAAAUAUACCUUGCUAUCGAUUUGAAGACUGGACAGGAGUUUGCAGCAAAAUUAGAAGCUGCCAACGCAAAACACCCACAACUUAACUUUGAAGCCAGACUCUACCGCACUUUGUCUGGUGGAAAGGGUAUUCCCUCGAUCAGAUGGCAUGGACAUGAAGGAAACUACAAUGUCCUUAUUAUUGAACUUCUUGGUCAUUCCCUUGAGGAGCUAUUUAACAUGUGUGGCAGACAAUUCAGUAUCAAGACGACUGUGAUGUUGGCUGAUCAGAUGGUUUCCCGCAUUGAAUAUAUUCACAGCAAAAAUUUCUUACAUCGAGACAUUAAACCAGAUAACUUCCUCAUGGGAUUCGACAAAAAUGCCAAAACGGUUUAUCUGAUAGAUUUUGGUCUUGCCAAAAAGUACAGAAUGGGAAAAAACCGAACGCACAUUCCGUAUCGAGACGGUAAAAGUCUGACAGGAACUGCCCGUUAUGCUAGUACUAACGCUCACAUUGGUAUCGAACAGAGCCGGAGAGACGAUUUGGAGUCGCUCGGGUACGUGAUGUUAUACUUUAGCAAAGGCAGUUUACCUUGGCAGGGGCUCCGUGCCAACAACAAGAAACAAAAAUACGAGAAAAUCUGCGAGAGGAAAAAGCAGUACACGCCACAGAUGCUCUGUAAGGACGUACCCCAAGAAUUUGAAGCAUUUUUAAACUACGUAAAGAAGUUGAAGUUUGAAGAAACUCCAAACUAUGUGUACCUCCACCACUUGUUAAGAUCGGUGCUACGACACUUCGAUUUCAUGUUCGACUACGUGUACGACUGGGUGCCCAACUCCAAGCAACAAGUGGUAACAUCUCCCACAAAGAGAGAAAGUGGAGUUGGAGCCACCAGUCCCACGCCCCGAGAAGAGGCUGCUACAUCAGCUAAACCAACCCCACCCAGAUCCCCAGUUACGCUGGACACACGCCACAUUGCAUCAGAAGAACCCACGACCAAGACCCGAACCGAGUCAAGACUGCGUUUCUGGAACUUUUCCGACUGGAAAGCCAGAUUAAAACGAACAGCUCACUGAUGUGUCACUACAGUGUUUAUUUAUGCUGAAUAGUCACGUGAUCAAGGUGUUGUUACCUGGGAACUGGUGCUAUUUCAGUAUAAAUGUACAUUUAUUUUGCUAAAGUUCGUUCGAAGCGUAUUUGUUGUUCACACGCCGAUUAAAGAGAUUGAUUACAAUAAAGACAUAAUACGAGAGGAGAAGACUACUAAAAAAGGAUUGAAAGACCUUUUCAAAACCACUGGAUUUAAUUGUCGUUAUAAUUUUCUAUAUAUAAAUUGUUUAUUUUGCCUUUAUAUUAAAGUUAUUUUGCAAGCGUUUAAUUGAUAUGUCUGUCAACGUGACUUGGUUAAAGCUGCCGAUUCUAUAUUUAAGAAGCGACUAUACUCCACAGUAGAUAAUACUAUAUAUUCGUGAACACAUCGCACGUUAAAAUUUACCAUGUGUGGAGUAGUAGUGAUGCAUGUCUAAAUUGUGGUUUGAUAUCAAGCAACUUUUGCAGCUCUUAUAUCGGAGAAUUUAAGGGCAUGAUCGCCUGGUUUUUCAGUUGUUUUUAUAUAUAAUGCGAUGUAUUAUUAUAAUGGAGAACGCGAAGAGUGAAUUAUCGUAACAUCAUCAUGGGGUUUAUAAACGAGUUUAGGAUUAUAAUUGAUUGACUAUUAUUAAUUGUAUGGGGUCGGAUCUGAUCUUGUAACAUCCGGUAUCUGAUGGUUCCACUAGAUAAACACACUGUAUCGUAUGAGUAGCAUCUUGUUUUAUGUGCAGAAAUAGAAUUGUUCGUUGCCAAGGCGUUGCUUCCUGCUGAUUAAUUAUGUUCUGUUUUAAAGUCGUUUUAUAUGUCCAAUGAGGCGAUUGUUGGUUGAAAGCAAUCUUAAUGUUAACGUGUUAACUCCAAAAUAUAAUUUAUAUUCAAUUAAAAGAACUCGGGCAAUGUUAACUGAUGCUGAGUUAAAAGUUAAAAGUUAAACUGUUAAAGUGUUAUACAUUAUAUCCAUUAAUAGAUGGUACAAAUGAUUAAUCACUGUGGAGCAUGAUUUCCCCUUCAAGACUUCUUAAAAGCUGGCAGGAUUCCCGAAAUUCCCAGAAUUCCCAGUACUUUUAACAUGAUAUGUGUCUAAUAAGGCGGAGAGUGCUGCCAGUGAUAUUAAACUAUCAGCCAGUCCUCUACCACCGGUGUUUGAACUCUAUAUUUAAUUAUAACAUGUGUAGUUGCUACCCAAGGGAAAAUUUGAUCUUAAUAAACGAUAAAGAA